AUGCGCCAGAAAACCCUCAUCAAAGACGGCCGUUUCGUGACGGGCUGGCACUUCGAUUCCCGCGACGAUUUUCUCCAAAACCGGAUCCUUCUCCCAUCGGCGCUGUGGGAGGAAUACGAAUCGCAAUUCCCGCCCCCCCAAUCCCCACCCCCAUCCCCCUCCCCAUCCCCUUCCACGCCCUCAUCGCCUCCGCAUCCACCGCCAACCUCACAGCCAGUGCUAAUCCUGCGGGUCCCGCAGUCCGGAAGGCUAUACCACAUCUGCCCGCCCACACACCCGCAGAUGCUCCGCAAGCAGUGGGCCAUGAUGCUCCAUCGACGGAAGAUUUUCCUUCGAGGAGAAGCAUGGACGGGUGUGACACUGGGUGAGCUCGCGGAGAUCUGUGUGGGGAGGAUUGGGGUCCUCGAGGGGUGGACUAAGGCUGGGGUGGGGAUGGGGGAUAUUUCAUUGCGGUUUUGUGGGGUGAAGGUCCGUCUUUCAACCCUCCUCUCUCCUCCCUCGCCUCUCUUUUCUUCUUCUCCCUUGUGCUGGGGUGGGCUAACGCGAGUGCAUAGGUUGGCAGAAGGAUCACCAUCGGAGAGUUAAUUGACUUUGCUCGGGUCCAUCUGGAAGAGCCGGACGAGGGUGUUUGGGAAUGUCCGGUGUUUUUAGAGGUUGCGAUCCAGAGAGCUUCUUCCCCCUCUGCGGCGUCUACGGCGGUGGUGGAUGGUGAUGAGAGGAGUGGCAAGAAGAGGAGGAAUGGGGAGGGGGAGGAGGACACAAUCCAACAUGUUUCACCUUCUGCUACUCCCAGUAGUGGGACUAUAGCCGGGUAUUUAGGGUGGGCCCUUGAUGGGAGGCAUGGGGGAUAA